AUGGAGUCAUCAAACACAACAGGAAAGGCGAGGCUGGAACGGACAGUGACACACGAAUCGUAUACUUUCCAAGGUCAACGAGGAUGGCGCAAAUGGCGUAUACUGCAGCCUGGUCGCGGCAUGUAUCAUGAUGUAAAACGUCGGCUACCAUACUACUGGAGCGAUAUAACGGAUGCUUUCACAUACCGGGUUUUCGCCAGCACAGUGCGCAUGUACUUCGUCAAUGUUCUUCCUGCCAUCGCCUUCACACUAGACAUGUAUCGACGGACCGGUGGGUUCUUCGGCAUAAAUGAAGCGCUCUUCGCGUCCGCACUAGCAGCCAUGGUAUUCAGUUUGCUGUCAUGUCAGCCGCUGACUAUCGUCGGAGUCACUGGUUUGAUUGCGCUGUUCAACUACACAAUCUACGACAUUAUCGUGCAAUACGACCCGACUUUAUAUCCAGCCUUUACUGCAUGGGUUGGUAUCUGGGCCGCCAUCUUUCACUGGAUCGUAUCUUUUGGAAACUUUAGCGACUACAUGGCAUACGUCACCGACUUUUCGAGUGAGACUUUCGGCAUGUAUGUGGGAAUAAUCUACUGUGUUAAAGGUGUAGAGGAGUUAGUUUAUAUGUUCGAAGUCUCUGAGUUCCAAGGUGGAUACCUCUCCAUCGUCAUUGCAAUCCUUUACUUUGGUUCCGUAUACGGCCUUGAAAAGCUCGGCGGCAGUACGCUUUUUUCUCCUUGGCUUCGCAGCAUUGUUGCUGAUUACUCUUUCGUUUUUCCUACCCUGUUCUGGGUCGGCUUUUCGCAUAUUCCUGGACGACUAGAAAAUACCGGACUCUACCAUGUGCCCAUCUCAAAAGCAUUCCAGCCGACACAAGACCGAGACUGGGUGAUUGACUUCUGGAACUUGGAUGUAAAGUGGGUUUUUGUGGCAUUGCCAUUUGGGUUUUUGAUGAUGCUGCUAUUUUACUAUGAUCACAAUGUAUCAUCCCUCACAGCGCAAGCUCGCCAAUACCCUCUCAAGAAGCCUGCUGGCUUCCAUUGGGACUUUUUCCUUCUCGGUUGCACCUGCUUCGUUGGCGGUAUCAUCGGUCUUCCCCUACCCAAUGGACUCGUGCCGCAAGCGCCUGUUCAUACAGAUUCGCUCACUGUAUACGAAACGAAGCUUGAGAUCACAGAGACCAAAGACGGCGGUGAGAUUCGCAAGCCGGUCGUGAAAGCCAUUGGUGUUGUUGAACAACGUGUCAGCCACUUCUUGAUGGGCAUGGCUAUCUGGGGUACUAUGACCGGCCCGCUGCUCAUCGUCUUGCAUACCAUGCCCGCGGCGGUGUUCGCAGGUGUUUUCUUCGUCGUUGGCUGGGGUUCCAUCGAAUCCAACGGUAUCGUAUCUAAAGCCCUAUAUCUCGUCUCCGAACGUCGCUUCCUCCAGCGCGACGAGCCACUCAACACUGUCGCCCGCAAGAAGAUUAUGCUCUUCAUCGGUCUCCAAAUCUUCGGUGUCGCCUGCACAGUUGCCAUUUCACAAACAAUUGCCGCUAUCGGAUUUCCUGUGCUUAUCAUUGCGCUUAUUCCUCUCCGUACUUUCCUGGUACCAAAGUGGUUUUCGGAACAUGAAUUGGACGUGCUGGAUGCGUUGACCGCAGACAACCCUUCUGUGCUGGUAAGCUUUGGUGGUACACCCGGUGGUAUGAAGCGUAGGCCGAUGAGUGAAGAGGGCCACAGCUCAAGCCGAGAUGAGGAAGAAUCGGGUAUGGAUAAAGAGGAUGACUCGGAACCGCAUGACAGGAGCGCUGUGCGUCAACGUGCUGGAAGUUUGCACAUGUAA